AUGAUGCAGCAGGAGCAAGACAUUCGCGACAUCUCAGUUACAUGGAGGACAAAUAAGUUUGUUCUUAAGAUGCGUUCAGAUGCUAGUCUGAAAGACUUGGGACACAACUUGCAGGAAUUGACGGGUGUGGAAGCAGAUACCAUGCGCCUCAUUGUACCUUCCAAUAAAAGUUCAAAACUGCUUUCUCCUUUCUCCGAUGAGCACUCUUUUCUAAGUUUGCAAGAAGCAUCUGCAUUUGAGGGGAAAUCUAUAAGGAUGAUGGGAGUGCCAAAAGAUGAGGUGGAUGAAGUUAUACAAAAUGCUAAGACGGACCUGAGGAUAGCUGGAUUUGACGAAGAAGAUAAGAGACUGAGGCAAAGAAUGCUCGAUAGGCCCCACACUUCUAUGAAACUUCCGCAAGGAACUUACAUUUUUUGUGACUUUCGCACUCUUCAUAUUCCAGGAAUAGAGUUAAAUCCUCCAGCUUCACAGGCACUGAAACUAAUGCAUAUGCUUGCUGCAGAUCCAGGAAUCAUUGCUAUUAUGAAUAAGCAUCGUUGGAGGGUAGGAAUCAUGACAGAGAUGGCCCCUGUUGGUUAUGUCGGUGUGAGCCCCAAAUGCAUUCUUGGUUUCAACAAGAAUCAUGGGGAGGAAAUAUCUCUGCGUCUUCGAACUGAUGACCUCAAGGGUUUCAGGAAAUAUGAGAGCAUCAAGAAAACUCUUUUGCAUGAACUUGCACACAUGGUAUUUUCUGAACAUGAUGCAAACUUCUAUGCUCUAGAUAAACAGCUUAAUCAAGAAGCCGCUACUCUAGAUUGGACAAAAUCAAGAAGCCACUCCCUGAGUGGAGUGAAGUAUUCAGAACACUUUGAAGAGGAGUUUAAUGUUGAUAGUCAUAGUAGUUUAUCACGAAGCUUGGGGGAGAGCAUCAGAUCAGCUAGCUAA